CUGACUUUGGGGAGGAGUUAAGGAGUGAGUGUAGUUCUAUGGAUUAGGCUUGCAGGGUUUAGACAGCCUGGGAGCUUCUCUUACUGCACUCCUGCCUAUGUCUGCUGUACCUAUCCUUGUCUGAAAACUGUUUCUGCUGCAGAGAGAUUGUCUAGAGAAGGUGUGUGGAACCAUCACUCUCAAUUAAUCACAGCCUUCAGCCUCUGGCACCUAACAGGCUUUGAAGUGACCAUCCAGCUGGUCUAUAGUUGAGUCUGAUUUGGGGUUUCAUCCAAGUCUGAAUAUACGCCAUGGAUGACUUUGAACGUCGCAGAGAACUCAGGAGGCAGAAACGAGAGGAGAUGCGCCUGGAAGCAGAGAGAUUAGCCUACCAAAGAAAUGAUGAAGAUGAGGAAGAAGCCGCUAGAGAACGACGUAGGCGAGCCCGGCAGGAAAGAAUGAGGCACAAGGAAGAUGGUGACUUAACAGGUCAAGGGACAGAGAAGGCUGAAGUCAAUGCACAGAAUAACAUUGGAGACGAUGAGAUGAAAAGUACUACAACAAUUACCACAGUUACAAAUACUCAAGGUGAUGGGGAUGAUGAUGCUGUUUUCUUGGAGAGGAUGGCAAGGAGAGAAGAAAGGCGCCAAAAGCGUCUCCAGGAAGCCCUGGAGCGCCAAAAGGAAUUUGACCCAACAAUUACUGAUGAGAGUCUGUCAGUCACCAGCAGAAAGGUGAUGAACAACGUUGAAGAAAAUGAAACUCCAGAGAAAGAGGAAAAAGUGGAAACCCACCGGAGACGCUAUGAGGUGGAAGAAACUGAAACCAUCACCAAAUCAUACCAGAGGAAUAAUUUGAGGGAAGAUGAGGGAGACAAGAAGAGAGAUGAAGAAGACAAGGAGGAGGCAGAAGAUGACAAGCCCAAGGGAAGAACCAUAGAAGAGAAUCAGGUAGAAGUAACACUAGAAAUGAAAAUAGUAGACAAUGAGGAGGAAGCUGCAGUGUUGGAAGUGAAACAUCCCGAGGUAAAUGCAGAAGAGGAAAAAGUAGAGAAUGACACAACUGUCCUAGAGGGGAGUGGGGAGUCCAUAACUAUUACAGUAGCGCUAGAUCAGAAGAAGGAUGAAGAAAAUGAGGAUGAAGCAGAAAAGCAAAAAAUAGAGGACAAAGAGAGGGCUGAGAGAGAGGAAAUGGAGCGAGUGAAAGCAGAGGAGGAAAGAAGAGCAGAGGAGAGAGAGAGGCUUGAAGCAGAGAAAAGGGCAGCUGAGGAAAAAGAGAGGCUAGAAGCAGAAGAAAGGGAAAGGAUUAAAGCAGAGGAAGAAAGGAGAGCUGUGGAGGAAAAAAAGAGAAUUGAAGAGGAGGAGAAAAGAGCUGCCCAGGAGAAAGAGAGGCAGGAAGCUGAGGAACGGGAAAGGAUUAAGGCAGCUGAAGAGAAAAAGGCAGCUGAAGAGAAGAAAGCAGCUGAAGAAAGAGAGAGGGCUAAGGAGAAGGAAAAAAAGGAGGCUGAGGAACGAGAGAAGGCUAAGGCAGAGGCUAAGAGGGCAGCUGAAGAAAAGGCUAAGUUAGAAGAGGAAAGGUUAAAAGCUAAACAGAAGGCUGAGGAAAAAAAGAUAGUUGAGGCAAAAGGGAAGAAGGGAGAAGAGAAGAAAAUAGAAGACAAGCAGGUAAAAGAGAAGAAAGUACAAGACGAAACCCCUGCACCAGCUUUCCUAAGAAAAAAGGGGGAAGAGAAAGAGGUUAAAGUGGAAGCUAAAAAAGACAAGCUACAAGAUGAGAAACUUCGGUCGCCAUUCCGAAAAGAGGAGCAGAUAAAAGACAGUAAGAUCAACAGAGACAAAGCUCCCAAGGAGGAGACUAAACCUGCCUGGGAUCGCAAGAAGGGAAUUCCUGACUCAAAGCCACAAAAUGGGGAACGUUUCCCAGAACUUCCUGCUCACAAACUUAAGCAUACAGAGAAUGCUUUUAGCCGUCCAGGCUUCAAAACUACCCCAGACUCUGAAGAAGCCAAACCAGUCUCCCACCCAGAAGCUGGCAAGCGAGUGGAGGAGCUACGCCGUCGCCGAGGUGAAAACGAGAGUGAAGAGUUUGAGAAGCUGAAGCAGAAACAACAGGAGGCAGUGGUGGAACUGGAGGAGCUCAAAAAGAAGCGUGAAGAGCGUCGGAAGAUUCUGGAGGAAGAAGAACAGAGACGGAAGAAAGAGGAGGCAGAAAGAAAAGCCCGGGAGGAGGUAGCAGAUUGUAAAAGUAGUGCCUUGGAGGAGAAGAGGCGGUUGAAGGAAGAAAUAGAGAGGAGAAGGGCAGAAGCGGCUGAGAAGCGCCAAAAGAUGCCAGAGGAAGCCCAAACUGAUGACAAGAAGCCAUUUAAAUGUUUCACUCCCAAGGGUUCUUCUCUGAAGAUAGAAGAACGUGCCGAAUUCUUGAACAAAUCUGCCCAGAAAAGUGGCAUGAAACCCACUCACACAAGCCCAGUUGUCUCCAAGAUAGAUAGCAGGCUGGAGCAAUACACCAGUGCAAUUGAGCAGGGCAUCAAAGCUACAAAGCCUGUCAAGCCAGUAGCUUCUGAUCUCCCGGUUCCUGCAGAAGGAGUCCGUAACAUCAAGAGUAUGUGGGAGAAAGGCAAUGUGUUCUCGUCGCCCUCUGGUACAGGGACACCCAAUAAGGAAACAGCUGGGCUAAAGGUUGGCGUCUCUAGUCGCAUCAAUGAGUGGUUAACUAAGACCCCCGAGAACAGCAAAUCGCCUGCUCCCAAACCAUCAGAUUUAAGACCUGGAGAUGUGUCCGGCAAACGCAACCUCUGGGAGAAGCAAUCAGUUGAAAAGGUCUCUUCUCCCACAAAGGUAACAGCAACAGGGAAAAAGUCAGAGACCAAUGCAGGUUUGAGACAAUUUGAAAAGGAACACUAAGGAAGCCACUGACAAUGCUGGACUAACUCGGUUUUUUAAAGAAUGGAAGUGCUAAAUUUGUCCCUCUUUUUAUAUAUAUUUAUGUUGUUUACCAAAAGGUCUCUUUUUUGUUGGGUUUUUGUUGUUGCCUUAUCCCAUUUUUUUUAAAAAAAAACCAUGUAUAUUAGCACUGUAUUUAAUAAUCAGUCUUAAAACAUUCAUCCUCAUAGUAGUGCCUUUGAACAAGAGCCUUAUGUUUAAAAGAAACCCAUGCUGUGAAAUAGGAGACACUUCUACUGAUUAGUCCUAACAAAUUGUGUGUCCAGACAAGAAAGGUUUGAGCCACAGAAGAGAAGCAGGUUGUCCUGUUUCUUUGUUGAAGUGAGGUGAGCACAGGAACAGGACUGGGAGAUCAUAGGCUGGGCUUUUCCAGAUUGUAAGAUCUGAUACAUUUUGUGGGAGAGGUGCAAACAACCUAUUUGCCACUGUCUGGUUACUGAACGUAGAAAAGUUUGACUCAGUUUCCCCGAUGGACUCCUGGUGGAACCCGCUGUUGUGCACAGGGAGAUGGAAUGCUAUAUAUCCUAUCCCUGGUGGUGUGACAUUUUCAUGGAUGAGCAGCAUGCCUUCCUUGGGGCUCACAACACCAAUCAUGUCAUGUAUGAAAAGGGUACACCACCUUAAGGUGACUGAGCCACAGUCCUUUUUAAAUUGAAAGGGGAGGAAAGAAUUCACAUGGGGCAUUGCAUCCAGUUAAAUCAUUUGCAUGUAUGGUACCAUCUUCCUACAUGAGAUCAUGUGCAUGGCAGCAGUGAUUGGGAACCAGGUGUGCUUAUCCACUCUACAAAAAAGGAAUGCCACCUGGGGAAGCAUAGGAAAACCAGGAUACAGGUGAUCCCACAGAAAUGCCAUUGGCUUCUAUGGGAAAUACCCCAAGUAAAACAGGUCCCAUUUUUUCUUCCUUUCUGCACUUUAAGGCAUGGAAGAAAUGCCUUUCAGUUCAUCAUGCCUCCCUCCCCAGCCCCUAUCCUUUGCCCGUAUCAAAAAUGUGCAUCAAGAUUAAACAUGUUUUGAAGCGUUUUGUUUAAACUUAUAUAUUCCCCUCUAUGUAGCUUAAGUUAAUAACAUAAAUGUGGACGAUUGCGCUUGACAGUGGUACUGAUAAAUCUCUCUCUCUCUUUGUCUCCCUCCCUUUUUGGUUAGCUGCAAUUAUAGAAUAUAUACAUAAGGCUUUACAAAACUUAGCUGUAAGGCACUACUAAUGGUAGAAGGCUUUUAAUACCUGCUAGAGUACUAUAUUUAGUUAUAAACAUACAUAACUAGCCAAUAUCACAACUUUUUUUUAAAUUACACUUUUUAUAUUAAGAUUUCAUAAUUGCCAUUGAACAUACUGGCAAGAGAAGUAUUAGAUUUUUUUUUUAAAGUCAGAUGCCUGUUAAUGGGAUAAUUAAAAUUAUAGUUUUAAAGAGGGAGGGAGGAAAGGGUAUUAAGCAUCAAACAUAGAUCACACAUAUAAAACAGCAUAGCUAAUUUAUAUGACUACCAUAAUUAAACACAUGUACUCAAUCACACACUCUGCUGGUGACACUUCUAUCUUCCUACACACUUAAAGAUUUGCCUUUAUCUGGUCUAUAUCCAUUGCACACUUUAAAAAAAAGUAAACCAAUGUGCACAAUCCAUUCAUUGUGGGUGUGGCUAAAUGCUUAGGUGGGGAUCAGCACCCCCUUUCCUCCCAUGCCCAUGUCUAGCCCCCAUGUGCAAGGGAAGCCUAUGGACAUCUCCCCUAUAUGCCAUCUGUCCCUCUCCUCCUCAGAUCUCCCCUCACAAGUCAUUGUGCUACAGAAUGCAUGAGGGAUUAAGGCCAUGGUGACUUGUAGAAGGAAGAAAGAGAGGAGCUCUGUGCUGCUUUUGUCCCAUAAGCACAGCUCAGUUCAGAUGUGUAUGGCGGGUGGGGGAUCUGUAUGGCUUAUGCUCCAACUUUUCUGCCCCCAAAAUUAUUUUUUUCAGCCAUGUUUUUUUUACUUGUAUAUAGUAUGCACAAAAGUUUUAACAAGUUUGGACUGUAUCACAUAAUGUUCAGCAUUUACACCAUACAUUAUAUGGGUGGAGCAAAAUGGGCAGCACAAUUUAGUUUUAGACUUCGUAGCCCACCUUCAAAUGCAAUUAUAGCUUGAGAACCGUUAUUCUCAUUACUGCUUUACAUUUUUGUCGCAUCUUUCUGUCCUUUAAAAAGUAUUUAAAAAAUGAAAUAAAUAGGCAGGAUGGUGUGGCACUAUCCAAAGGCCAGCUCAUCUGUUUCACUAAAUCAUCUUGUUUACAUGCAGAAUUUCACUUGGGCUUUAGGAAUGGCGUGAAAUAAUGCAGUGAGUGACUUUGGAUCCAUCUGUCCUUAUUGUUUGGUGGUUGCUCUUUUUUUUAGUACACUUUUGGACUCUACAUCUGAAUGUCUGCAAUAAACCAGUAUUCUGAAUCUGCAAUUCACAAUAAAUAAAGUAUGUCCACCAGA